CUAGUUUGCGGUUAGGCGUCAGGUGAAACUCAGCCAGUGCGGGGGGCACAAAUAAAACUUAUUUAGUGUGAAUGUGAACUUUUUUCCUCGAGCUCUUGCACAGUUUAUGAAGGUUUUCGUCGUACGGGAGCUUCGGCAUCACGAAACGAGACGGUUACAAUGAAGAGCCUCAAGUAUCGGCUGAAAAAGCACGAAGUUACCAUCACAAACACAGACUGGAAUAAGUAUGAUGAUCGGCUGAUGAAGGCAGUGGAGCGUGGCGAGGUGGACAAGGUGGCCGCUGUUCUGAGCAAAAAAGGCAUCAUCCCCACCAAGCUGGAUGUGGAGGGGCGCUCUGCAUUUCAUCUGGCUGCAACAAGAGGGCACUUGGACUGUCUCAGUCUCAUCCUGGGACACAAUGUUGACGUCACAGCAACCGAUGCUACUGGUAAAAAUGCUCUCCAUCUGGCUUCGAGAAAUGGGCAGUCUCUCUGUGUGCAGAAGCUCUUACAGCACAACUGUCCAGUUGGAAAUGUGGACCUACAGGGCAGGACAGCUCUGCAUGAUGCUGUCAUGGCUGGCUGCUCCUCCAGCGUGAAACUUCUCUGUGACAGUGGGGCUGCUGUGAAUGCCAGUGAUUUUGAUGGGAGGACACCUCUGGUGUUGGCAACUCAGAUGUGCCACCCACGCAUCUGUCAGCUGCUGCUGGAGAGAGGGGCAGACAUCACUGUCCGUGACAAACAAAACAAGACAGCUCUGAUCCUCGGCUGUGAAUACGGUUGUAAGGAUGCAGUGGAAGUGCUGCUGAGGAGUGGGGCUGACGUGACGGCGGUUGAUGGCUUGGGCCACGAUCCUUACUACUACUCACGCCUCAGCAAGAACCAGGAGCUUGUUGCUAUGGUCAAAAGCUACUUCGACAAAGCUAACAGAGACAAAGAGGUUGCUAAGAUGGAACAGAGGAAGCGCCAGGACUUAGAGAGACAAAACGAGACAAAGCAGGAGAGUCUGAGGAAGUGCCAACAGGAGCAGAAAGCCCUGCUGGAUAAGGUCAGCAUGCUACAGCAACAGCUCACACAGGAGAAGCAAACUGUGGAAGACGUUCACAAAGAGAAUGAACAGUUGAAGCUCUUACUCGGUGCCAAAGAGAGAGAGGAGGGUGCACGAGGCCCGGAGACUGUCAAGGUCCAGCUCCGGAGCACCUUGGGGGAUUACUCCGGGCAGUCAGUAAUCAAAGCAGGAAAAGAGAACAUUUUGGUUAAGCAGUCUCACAGCUUGGAUUCUAGCCAGAUGCUGCAGAAUCCCAGCAUGUCACGUUCCCAGUCCAGACCUUUAGAGCUGAGCCAGCCCAGUGUGGGCUGGGACGUAACUGGUGAGUUAGAUGCACUCCGACAUGAGCUUGAGGCAGUGAGGAGAAGGCAGCAAGCAGCAGAGGAUGAGAGUGCACGACUUCAAUCUGCCCUGAACCGCAAGAAUCGUGAGUGCCAAGAAUUGAUCCAGAGCCGAGACACCAUCCAGAAACAGGCUGAUCAGCAGGUUCAGGAACUAGAGGAUGCCCUGGGGGAGGUCCAGAAGAGAAUGCUUGAUUCUGAGUGCAAGGUCAAGCAGCUGCAAGCUCAUGUGGUUGCAGUCAAAGAACACUUAGGAGGCCAAGCUGCUGAAGAACUUCGUGCUCAACUCCAGGAUGUUAAAGCCAAAUAUGAAGGAGCUUCAGCUGAAGUGGGUCGUGUCCGCAACCGCCUCAAACAGAGUGAAAAGGCAUUGGAAGAGUACAAAAGCAGUGAGGGUCAGUUGGCAGCAGAGGCAGAAAGGCUAGGCAAGGAGCUGGGAGCUCUGACUGCAGAAAGAGAUAAAUUAGCGAACACUGUGUUAGAAAUGGAAACUCAGCUGAAAGAGACCCAGGUUAAACAUGGCAAUGUGGUGCCAGCUGAGAAGUUUGACAACAUGAAAAACCUGCUGACCAACGCAGUUGAUGAGAAGGAGCAGCAACUUGCUGAGCUAAGGGAGGACUAUGAUCGUGUAUUAGAGGAGGUGGCAGAGCUCCAUCGAGAAGUAGACAGUCGUUCAUCGCAGGGAGGAAUAGGGGCAAUGUCUGCUGAUGAGCAACAUAGGAUAGUGGCAGCUCUUGAGGAGCACAAUGUCUCGUUGAAAAGGAAACUGGCUGAUGUUACUGCCAAAAGCCAGGCACUGAUACAAGAGGUUGAAGAGAGUGAGGAAGAGAGGGAUAUACUACGGGAGCAACUGGAUGAACUCAGUAGCAGGAUCGAGGUGGACUUUGUACCCAUCAAGGAUCAUGAAGAAAUUAGGAGGAACAUGGUAACAGCUAUGGAGGAGCUAGAGGAUAAGGUGGUGGAAGCCAGUGAACAAUAUGGCAAAGCACAGGCACAAGUACAGCACCUUCAGACUGAGAGAGCCUCACUGCAUGAGAACAUCACCAGUCUCCAAAGUGCCCAACAGAGACACCAGUCUGAAAUGGACUCAAUAGUGUCUCAAAAUGCUGACCUGGUGAAGGAGCUGGAACUUUUGCAGAAAAGGUAUGAAGACCGAGAGGAAGAGUUUGCACAGCUGUCAGCACAGAGUCAGUGUCUGAAACAAAGUCUGGAGGAAGAGUAUGUGCCCAGGCAGCAGCAUGAGCAAGUGAAGACUGAGCUGAGUGCUACUUUGGAGAGUGUCAAGGCUGAGAUGUUGAAGUUGGAAACCAAGGAAAAAGAAAGUGGGAAAGAGUUGAAGAAUGUGAAAGAUGGAAGCGACAAGUUAAAAGAAAAGUUGGAAAAAGUGACGUUGGAGAUGAAACAGGACUAUGUAAGCCUUAAAGACCACAAAGCUAUCACAGAUGAGUUGAAUGCCGCCGUGGUUGAGGCAGAAAGCAGAACAAAAGAAGCAUCAACAAGGUAUGUGUUGGCUCAAGAGGAAGUGGUAAGACUAACCCAAGAAUUGGAGGCCCAAAAGAAAGAACUCGAUACCAUACAAGAGGCUAUUGAGUCCAAGUUUAUCCCAUUGACAGACAGUGAGGAAAGAGAAAAAUCUUACAAUGCCAAAUUGAAUAACUUAACAGGGAAGCUGUUGGAAAUGGAAGAGAAGUACAAUAACGAAAGGUCCAUGGGAGAGCUCAACAAACAGGAGAAAGAGAAACUAAAAGUUGAAAUGGAGUCUGUUCAGCAAAGAAUAGAAACUGACUUUGUUUCCUGCGAAAAGCACAAGGAACUGGAAGAGAAAUAUAAGAGCAAAAUUGAGGAAUUUACUCAGAAGGUGGUCAGUCUAGAGCAGCAUUACAAAGAAGUGACCGUUGAGAAGGCUGAACUUGAAGAGCAGAAUGCCCUGUGCAAUGCUGAGAUCCAGAGCCUUCAGGAACGUCUUAUAUUGGAUUUGAAUCGCCUUCAAAAGUAUGAGAAUGAGCUUGAAGCCCUCCAAGAUUCCAUGAAUCAAGCCCAGGCUGAUUGCAUGAAAGCAAAGGAGGCUCAGUAUGAGGAGGCUCAGAGGACUUGUGCCUUGCAAAAGGAGCUCCAGGGAUACCACGGGGAUCAGGCUGCCAUGUUGCAACAGCAUGUCCAGACAAAGGAAGCCCUGGAGGCUGAAGUGGCUAAGCUCCAACUGGCACUCCGUGAAGAGGAGGAGAGUAAUGCCCAGAGGGCUGAAGAUGUCUCUGCCCUGCAGUCUGAGCUCCUCCAGGCCACCCAGGCUCUUGAGGAGCUGCGCAAUAAGGAAGACCAAAUGAACCAGCUGAAGAAAGAGAAGCAGCAGCUGGAGGAGGAAGUUGCCAACCAAAGCAGCAAGCUCUUGAGUUUAGCAGAAGAGUGCAAGCGACUCCAUCUGGAGGCAGCCAAGGCAAGGGAGGGUGAGGACAGGACCAAAACAGAGAUGGAGACUGUCCAGGAGAAAGGCUAUGCCAUUGAGAGAGAAAUUAGGGAGCUGAAGGAGAGGUAUGACGAGUCACUUAGCACCAUUGGCGAUCUUCAGAGGAGGAUUCAGACAUCGGCUGAGCAGACUGAAGUCAAAGACAAGAAGAUCACCGAGUUGCUGACAGACGUUGAGCGAUUGAAGCAGGCACUGAACGGUCUGUCCCAGCUGGCGUACGCAGGCAAUGCGCCCAAUAAGAGACAGACUCAAUACAUUGACACACUCCAAGCCCAGAUCAAGAGCCUACAGCAACAGCUGGCUGAUGCUGAGAGGCAACACAGAGAGGUAGUCUCAAUUUAUCGAACUCAUCUUCUCAGUGCAGCACAGGGCCAUAUGGAUGAAGACGUUCAAGCCGCCUUACCAGAUCAUCCGCAUGAGACAGGAGUUUGUGUGUUAAAGCAUCCCCCAGCAAAAACACAAUGCUACCUGCUGACUCAAAUCCACCAUUCUCACACCCCCUGCUGCAGAGUGUCCCUCCUGUGGCCCCUGUGGGUGCCUCAGUCAACACAGAACUUGAAUAGAGUAGAACGGUCAUCAAACUGUUUGCCAUGCUCAUUUGGCUGGUACACAAUAAAAUGGCAAUUGUGGUGAGCUGCUACAGUGACAACGCACACACAGGGCAGUGAAGUGCUCAGAACUGAGAUUUUUUUUUUUUUUUUUUUUUUUUUUUUUUUUCUGUGGCUGCUUGCUAAAAGUGGUAAAUAAAUGUUAACUGAUACCACCAUCUUGAAUACAGAAGUUAGGCCAGUGCAGCGGCCACAGUUCUUUGUAGUGGCAACAGUGCGCAUAAAAAUGUUGAUUUGAAUGGGAAAGUGCAUUCUACUCCAAUUCAAGUUCUGUGGCCAUGUGCGUGUGUGUGUGUGUGUGUGUGUGUGUGUGUGUUUGAGUGUGUGUGUUUGAGUGUAUGUGUGUGUGGGGCAUUAAGACAAGGUUUCUAUUCCUAAUCUGUAAUUCCCAUAUGUAAAGUGGCUGUAUGUUGGUUUGGAAAACUGUAAAUCUUAAGGGUAGAGGAGUUAUUUCAAGAUCAGUAGAUGUAUGACAAAUUACUCAGUUUUCUGUUGCUUUUAUCUAACAUUCACUGUAUCUGACUAGAGGAAUGUAUGAUUGCUCAUUUUAAAAUCAUUUUGAUGUGAUUAUCUACCUAUAUGCAGGAUCUUUCUUCAAUGUUAGAUAUGUGCAAAAAUGAAACUUUAUGCAUUGCUGCCAAGUAUCACUAAGAAAAUAUUAAACGCAAAUCUCUGGCUAGAUAGAUUAGGCAUGUUACAAUAACUUAGGUGGGAGUUGUGCUAAAUUUAGGUCCAAUUUUAAAUAACCAGCUCUUGAGAUGCUCAUCAGAAAUGUGAAAUUCAUAUGAAUAUAAGACCACCUUUCACAUUCCCACCUGAUGGUCACGUGAUGCUCCCAUGUCUUUUUGUCUUCUGCGAGGUUGUCAUGUACGGUAGAGCUUACCCUUGCUUUCAUUUCAUUGCAUUUCAUUUCAGUCCCUAACACUACCUGCUUAUUCAGACUGAGUCAGAAUCCACUCCAUUUUGGGGGCAUUGGGUACAGUUACCAUCUUCUGGAGGUCCAAACUAGCUUGCAUGUUUUCAUUGCAAAAAUACCAAAGACUUAAAGGAGCCAUUCACCCAGAUUUAAAAUCUACUCUUUGGUAAAGAAGUGCAGCGGUCUCAAUAAGGAUUGCUGUUUCCAAGAGUGGAUCAAUUUGGGGGAAUUCUCCCUUAAGUUCCCUACACAGUACGGUGAAAAUAAACCUGUACAUGGAGUUUUGCUGGAUUUGAGUCAUGGGGUGUUGGGUGAAUAGAGAUACCUUUGCUGUGUCCUACAGUUUGCAGUGGAGCGUUGUCCUGUUGUUGAAACCAGAGUGUCCUCUAGUGGUGAGACUUGGCAGGCCAAGUUGAUUGAUAUUAUUAAGUAAGCCUGGCUCAGGGGUAGGCAGUUGCUGUUCUUGGAAGGCAAAAUAUCUAUGCUGGAAUUUAACACUAAGUACAUGCAAAAUUGAUUUUUGUUUAUCUCAUUGGUUUCUUUCAGUAUACAAUGUACGACUUUGUCAGGAUUAGUUAAAAAGCAUCAGGAAUGCUCAGAUAGUCAAAAUAGUUAUAUGAAACCGUUCUGCGGUAUUCAGCAAAAAUGUGCCAGGUGUUUAUUUUGAUCUGUUCCUAUCUGGAGCGAAGCAGAAGUUUAAAUACUUUUAAGACAAAACUGAGAAGCACUGGUGCCCCCCGAGCUAAAUCUUAACCUUCUGUAACUCACUAUGGGAGGCAGAGAUCUUUGCAGCUACUACAGAACGGGAGCUGCAUACCCCUGGGCCAGCUCUUUGUGACUUUUCGUGGUUUAUUGUGGUGGUGGUGUGAUUGUCGAGCAAGUCUCUUGUGCCUUUACACUGAUAUAUUUUUUCAUAGCUUUGUACUGCAUUAAUUACUAUCCACUAUGUGAUGAUUCUAAUGAUAUUCAGCAGGUCUGGAAUAGAACGGCACAAAACACUUGUUCAAGGUAACAUUUUAAUGUAGGAUGCCAUUUGAUAAGAAUAGAACAGAUUCUUUUAUUUAUGUGUAUAGGACCCCCCUUACGGAUCAAGUUUUUGAAGCACUCUUGCAAUGUCUUUGACUUCUAGCUAACAUGCGUUACCAAGUACAUUUUCUUGAUAUCUCUUUUGAUAUAUCAGCCAAAUGAUCUAUUUACCACAGAAGAUACCUAAAACUAUUUUUUAAGAUGGCUUAAUUACUUGUUAAACACUGGUGCCUGCAAUUUGUUAACUAGAGGUAUAGAAAUAAGACUAAUUUUCCUCAUUUUGGAUAUUUCUAAAUGUCCUCUCUCUCCAAAAAAAAAAAAAAAAAAAAAAAAAGUAAAUAAAUAAAUUACAAUGUAAAUCCAU